AUGAAUGGAGUCGACUACAAGCGCUUCGUGCGCUACUUUUACGAUCCUCCACCCAAAUACGAUGACAUGUCAGGGACAUCCAUAUGGCUGCUAGGUAAAGAGUACAAACCAACUCCGCCCAAGCCUGUGACAACGACCGAUCACGACGAUGUAGUCGAAGUCGAAUCAUCGACUGAAUCGCAUGACCCUUCAGAGACGAGUGGUUCAUCUGUCACUGCGGACAUCUCAUAUCAGCCGCAGCAACCUCACCAUAUAUCUCAGAGUACAAGCACACUUGACGAUGUUCAGCAUGUCACGAAUGCCAAUCUCCCAUCGCUCUCGAACGAUCCGGCCGACGGAGGAUGGCCCCACGCAUUCCUAGAUGAUUUUGAGUCACGAAUAUGGAUGACUUAUCGAUCAAACUUCACACCCAUCCCUCGAUCUCAAGAGCCGUCCUCGAACUCAGGGCUUUCCUUCUCGGUGCGUCUCCGUAACCUCACCGAGCGUGAGGGAUUCACCAGCGACACUGGCUGGGGGUGCAUGAUUCGAUCCGGACAAUCUCUCCUUGCCAACGCCUUGUUAACGCUUCAACUUGGCCGAGACUGGCGGCGGUCCACCUGUGCUUCAUCAGAAGAAGCGUCAAUCGUAUCCCUUUUCGCCGAUUCUCCUUCUGCCCCAUUCUCCAUUCACCGCUUCGUUCAACACGGCGCAUCAUCCUGUGGUACUCAUCCAGGUCAAUGGUUCGGGCCGUCUGCCACAGCAUCGUGCAUCAGAGAACUAAGCGGUGAAUGUGCGGCUGCAGGCUUACGAGUCUACGUGACCCCGUCGGCAUCCGAAGUAUAUGAAGACCGCUUCCGAUCGAUCGCGGCCGCCAGCUCAACGGAUUCCACCAUCAAACCUACACUUAUCCUGCUAGGUAUAAGACUAGGCCUCGAUAGGAUCACGCCAGUCUACCACGAGGCGUUGAAGAGCGCGCUGACAUACCCUCAGUCGAUCGGGAUUGCCGGCGGCCGGCCUUCCAGCAGCCACUACUUCAUCGGAUGCCAGGGUGAUAUGUUCCUCUACCUUGACCCACAUGAGACGAGGCCAGCACUAGCUUACCAUGAUAACGCAGCUGAGUACACAGACGAGGAGAUAGCUACGUGCCACACGCGCAGACUGCGCGGGCUGAGGAUCAGUGAGAUGGACCCGAGCAUGCUGAUCGGGUUCCUGAUCAAAGACGAAGCAGACUGGGUUGACUGGAAGCGCAGACUCAAGGAAGUCAAGGGAAAGGCCAUCGUCAGCAUCUUUGACAAGGAGCCGCCGGUACCCGGGGAGACGAAGGAGCGCAAGGAGGCUGUCGAUGAAGUCGAGACUUUUGACGACGAAGAAGACGAAGAAGGCGACGGCGACGACGAUGGGACUGUGACGGUGACUGGGAAGGACAUUGAACCGGAACCCCACGAUGUCCGUGCUGGUGCAGUGCAAGAUGCCGAAGACGAUGGGGUCAGGGUAGAUUUGCAUGCUGCGAGAAACGACGACGUGCCAUUGCAGGCCCCCUCGAGAUGA